AUGGCCGCCUCCACCGCCCAGUGCCGAGUGGCAAAAGCGGAGAGCAAGGCGGCGGCGGGGGGUGCCCGGGAGCGCGAGACCACGGGGGUGCCCUCGCCAAGUCCCCCGAGUCCAGGCCCGGUGGUUCUCCCGGCGCCGCCGCCUUCGCAGGACGGGCCCAAGGCCGAGCCAGAGCAGGGUCCCGGGCCCGUGUCCGCGCCGGGCCUUUGUUCUGAGGAAAAACACAAUGGUGGCCAUGGAUUGGGGUCUCCCUUACUCUCAAAGAAGAGCUUGCCUGUCUCUGGGACCCUGGAGCCGAUGGCCAGUCGGCUGAGCAGCAAAGUGGCUGCAGAGGUUCCUCAUGGCAGCAAACAGGAGCUGCCAGACCUCAAGGCCCAGAGCCUGACCACCUGUGAGGUCUGCAGUGCCUGCUUUGAGACACCAAGGGGCCUGUCCAACCACGCGCGCUCCCACCUCCGCCAGAUGGGUGUGACUGAGUGGUCUGUGAACGGGUCACCCAUUGACACACUGCGGGAGAUCCUGAAGAGACGGACCCAAUCCAGGCCAGGUGGACACCUCCACCCACCAGGGCCUAGCCUCAAAGCCCUAGCCAAGGUGGUGGGUAGCGGAGGUCCUGGCAGCUCACUAGAAGCCCGCAGUCCCUCGGAUCGUCACAUUUCACCCCUGGCCAAGAAGUCGCCACCGCCACCGGGCAGUCCCCUGGGCCACUCACCAACUGCUUCUCCUCCUCCCACGGCCCGGAAGAUGUUCUCAGGCCUUGCUACUCCUUCCUUGCCCAAGAAACUGAAACCUGAACAAAUGAGAGUAGAGAUCAAGCGGGAGAUGUUGCCCCGGGCCCUGCAUGGGGAGCCACACCCUUCUGAGGGUCCCUGGGGCACGCCUCGAGAAGAUAUGGCACCUUUGAACCUAUCAUCCAGGGCAGAGCCAGUACGUGACAUCCGUUGCGAGUUCUGUGGUGAGUUCUUCAAGAACCGCAAGGGCCUUUCCAGCCACGCUCGCUCCCACCUGCGCCAGAUGGGUGUGACUAAGUGGUCUGUCAAUGGCUCACCUAUUGACACACUUCAAAAGAUCCUGAAGAAGAAGUCCAAGCUGCGCCUCAUCAUGAAAGAGCCUCCAGCUGGAGACCUGGCUCCUGCUCUGGCUGAGGAUGGUUCCCCGACAGCAGCUCCAGGGGCUAUGCAUUCCCCACUGCCUCUGUCACACCUGGCUAGCCGGCCUGGAAAACCAGGAGCUGGGCCGGCCCAGGUUCCCCGGGAGCUCAGCCUGUCGCCCAUCACCGGGGCUAAGCCUUCUACCACCAGCUACCUGGGCCCAGUGGCUACCAAACGGCCCCUACAGGAGGAUCGCGUCCUCCCAGCAGAGGUCAAGGCCAAGACCUACAUCCAGACUGAACUGCCCUUCAAGGCAAAGACUCUCCAUGAGAAGACCUCCCACUCCUCCACCGAGGCCUGCUGUGAGCUCUGUGGCCUUUACUUUGAAAACCGAAAAGCCCUAGCCAGCCAUGAGAGGGCACACCUUCAGCAGUCCGGUGUGACAAAGUGGUGUGUCAAUGGCUCUCCCAUUGAGACGCUGAGUGAGUGGAUCAAACACCGGCCCCAGAAAGUGGGUGCCUACCAAAGCUGCAUCCAGAGUGGCCGCCCCUUUACCAAGAAGUUCCGCAGUGCUGGCCAUGACGGUGACAAACGGCCACCCCUGGGGCUGACAUCUAGGGGCCUGUCCCAGGUUGGGCGAAGUGCUGGGGCGGAACCUGAGGCUGGCAGGGCAGCUGACAGUGGUGAACGGCCUCUGGCAACCAGACCACCCGGGACCGUGAAGUCAGAGGAGCACCAACGGCAAAAUAUCAACAAAUUUGAACGCAGACAAGACGGCCCACCAGAUGCCUCUGCAGCUCGGGGUGGUGAGGAUGCCAAUGACCUGCAACAGAAGCUGGAAGAGGUGCGGCAACCCCCACUCCGGGUCCGGCCAGUACCCUCCCUGGUGCCUCGCCCCCCCCAGACAUCACUGGUCAAGUUUGUGGGCAACAUCUAUACCCUCAAGUGCAGGUUCUGUGAAGUGGAAUUCCAGGGCCCACUCUCCAUCCAGGAAGAGUGGGUGCGGCAUUUACAGCGGCACAUCCUGGAGAUGAACGUCUCCAAAGCAGACCCUUUGCCUGAGGAGCCCCAGGCCCCACAGCACAGACAGCAGCUGUAGAGGCGCCCUAACAUAACAUGCAUUCCAGAUCCCCUCUUGUGCCACCUGUCACCUCCUGUUUCUCCUCUGUGUCCUUUCCCAUUUCCCUCUUUCUUUUCUGUUUCCAAAGGAGCAAGCCAAAACCUCAAACCGGCGCCCUUUGGGGGCCGGGCACACUACGUCCUGGGCGCCGGGAGCCAGCUAGCCACCUUCCCCCAGCCUGAGGACU